AUGGACGGCCUUGAGGAUUUGAUGAAUGAGAUGAAAAGGAAACGUAAAGCGAUCGAAAGUUUCGAAAUAAAGGAUGGCAGUACGAAAUAUAUUCGACGAGGCGAUAUUGUCGCGCAGAAAGAGCAAGAAUAUUUGGAAAAUCAAAAGAAAAAGUAUGCCGAGCAAAAACCUGAGACGAGCGCUUUGCAAACUUUGACGUCUAGGGAUCACUCAGAACACGAAAAAAUAGCUGUGGGCGAUGAUAUUACCGAAAAACUUCCAUUUACAGAGGUGAUUUCCCGUCUACGAAGGAGAAAUCAACCAAUCUUGUUGUUCGGAGAAAGCGUCAAAGAAGUUCGAGCGCGGCUUCUUCAGUUGGAGAUUGAACAGCCAGAUUUAAAUGAAGGAUGGAGCAAUGAUUUAGUAGCAGCUAGAAAAGCAGUGGAUAAUGAUUUGAUGAAGGAAGUCAUCGAAGGGCCAAAACCCGAGAAAAAGAACUUGAAUAGUGAUGUUUUACUACCGACAUUUGAAGAAGACUGGGAGAAAAUUCAUCGCGACGCAGAGGAUUUGGGAAAAGGGGAUGAUAUGCCACGGGAUUGUCGUGUAAUCUCAUCGUUCUUCAAGUAUAUUCUUUCACGUUGGGGAGAUGCUUUAAACAAUCGAAAUGAUGAACUAAAGAAAAGUAAUCAUGGACGACAGGAUGCUACAGAUCAUCAACUAGCAUUGGAUCACAUGAGACCAUUAAUCAAGCUGCUCGAUAAAGAAAAAAUCAACAACGAUAUCCGGCACCACUUGGCUAAUAUUUGCAGAUUGCUUAUAAUCGACCGAGACUAUAUCCAAGCAAGUAAUGCGUACAUGGAGAUGGCGAUAGGAAAUGCGCCAUGGCCUGUUGGAGUUACACGAUCAGGUAUCCAUCAACGUCCCGGCUCUGCAAAGGCUUACGUGUCGAAUAUUGCGCACGUGUUAAACGACGAGACACAGAGAAAAUAUAUCCAGUCUGUGAAACGUAUUAUCACUCGAUGUCAAGAAUAUUUCCCGACAGAUCCCAGCAAGUGUGUCGAGUAUGUCCGACCAAAUGAA